AUGAUUACCCGUAACUGUUCUGUCUCUUUCAGGAUCAUCAUCACUCGGGUCACGGCCGACAUUUCGCUGGCAAAGCGUUCUCUGCUCAACAAUCCUACUCGGAGAGCGAUUAUGGACAAGGCGUCGAUACGAAAUCAGUCCUUGGGUAAGACAGAGAUUCGGCCGAAUGGCUGUAGAGAGGUUAUCUGUGGUGGGGCUUGA